UUUGAUGACGUACGUCAUAAAUUGAUGACGUCCUGCGCAGGGGUAACUGUGCCUAAACUUCACGUGUAAAUGUUUUGAUAUUAUUUCGUCACCUUACACAACAGGGAUGGCAUUUAGGUCUUUCCUCAGGCAAUGCCCUGGACUGAGACAAAGCCUCUGCUCAAGACUGUACAUAGCCACCACUCGUACUGCACAAAACAAUGGCUCUCUGCUGACAAAACAAACUACUACAUGUAGAACACAGAUUGCAACCAUAUCAACGUCCAUGCCAAAAUCAGGCAAAGAGUACAUGAUCAAUAUUCAGGAUGAUGAACAUUUUAAACAGGAUGUUCUUAAAAAAUCUGAAAAAUUGCCUGUGAUUGUAGAUUUUCAUGCUGGGUGGUGUGGGCCGUGCAAGCUUCUAGCACCCAGGUUAGAAUCCUUGGUGGCAGCAGAAGAGGGCAAAGUUCUUCUUGCAAAGGUUGACAUUGAUGAAAUGUCGGACAUAGCAAUUAAUUAUGGGGUGACUGCAGUCCCCACAGUUGUUGCCAUUAAGAAUGGCCAAUCUGUUGAUAAGUUCAUGGGUCUUGUUGAUGAUGACAUCAUCCAAAGUUUUAUACGGAAGUUAUAUUAAGUAUUUUGGGAGAUGUUCUGGGUGGAAGAAAGAUUGAUAACUGAAAAACAUCAAGUACUCAUUACAGAGGAGUAUAUACAAAAAGACUGAUGUUCAAUUCAUUGUAAUAUUAACAAAAAGGAGAAUGUACAAAAUACAUUCAGUGCACUGGAGAGUCAUAUUAAAACAGGCUUUAGUUUCUGUUAGCUAUGAGACUGUCAGCCAAAUAAGUAAGUCACAGAAACCAACUUCCAAGAGAAUUAUAAUAAGGGUUUCAUUCUUGAAAAGUAUUAGUUUUCUUCAGAACAAUACUCCACUGAACUAGAUUGGAGACACACUUACACUGAAAACUGUUGAGAAAAAUGGCCCUGAAACUUAUGGCAAUGUGUCAUGUUUGUAAAUAGUAAAACCAAAAACAGCACAUUAAAAGAAGGGCAUUUCAUUGAAACCAUUGCUGCUUUAUUGUGGUAUUUAACCAUUUAAGCAGGUUGUUAAGGUUAUAUGGAAGGUGGUUAUUGAAUUGGUGCGUACUGUAAAGGCCCUUGAAAUAGAGAAAUGCAUGACACAAAUUGUUCCCAACAGAGAAAAUGUUUAAGUGUAUUGAAUUUAUAUUUUAAUCAAUGUUUUAUGUGAGGAAUAUUCAAUUCUGAGAUCAAAGUGUAGUUUUGAGUGUAUGAAGGCCUCUUAAGUUUGAAUAGGGUUUGAUUGAACGCAGUUGAGUAUAAUCAAUUGUCCCCAAAACCAUAGUAGAAUUUGGUAUCAAUCCUAGGUAACACAUGAUUUUCUUUCUUAGUUUGAUAAGCAGUUUUUGAACCAGACUAAAACUAUGGGAUUGGCCUUGUUAUUAACUUUAUAUCAUCCUUCAAUCGUUUUUGACAUUUCCCAUGACAUUAUUGGGAGUGUCAUUAUCUUUUCUUUGAAGCAUAAAAGCAUUCAUAGAAACUGUUCAAGAACCGUGAUAAAGAAACUGUUGCAUUUAUUAUUGUAAAAAA